GUGAGCUCGGCCGGCGGGAGGCCUCGGUGGCUGGGCUGAGGCCGCUGCCGCUGCUGCUGCUGCUGCUGUUCCCUGGUCGAGUGCUGGGAUCCGCAGCCGGGCGGGGGCUGGGCUGGGCCGGGCCGGGCCCGGAGAGCGGCCGAGGACUGAGCCGCGGUUCCUGCUCCGCGUUUGGCCCAGCGGUCCCGGGUUAAUGCCGCGGGACCCGGCCCGGCCACCAUCCCGGGCUAAUUGCAGCGUCCCCCAGCCCCGCCCUGGUUCCGGGCUAAUCCCACAUGUGAGGCACUUGGUUGUGUAAAUAAAACAGACGCUGCUGUAAAGCAAAAUGUAUUCGUGGUGAUGAAAAAUCUACUCGAGAGUUUCCUGGGAGGUUUGUUUACUCCGGUGUGUGACAUUGAUAUCGUUCUCAAUGAUGCCGACACCAGAAAAACAGCAGAGAUCAAAAGUGAAGAUGGCAAAGUGGAGAAACAUUAUCUUUUUUACGAUGGAGAGUCUGUUACAGGGAAGGUAAACCUUACCUUUAAGCAGCCGGGGAAACGUUUGGAGCACAAAGGAAUUCGAAUCGAGUUUGUUGGACAGAUUGAGCUAUUUAGUGAUAAGAGUAACACACAUGAGUUUGUGAACCUGGUGAAGGAGCUGGCCUUGCCUGGAGAAUUGACACAGAGCAGGACUUAUGACUUUGAGUUCAUGCAGGUGGAAAAGCCUUAUGAAUCAUAUAUCGGGGCCAAUGUCAGACUAAGAUAUUUCUUGAAAGUGACAAUAGUCCGGAGUCUGAGUGACCUGGUAAAGGAAUAUGACCUGAUUGUACACCAGCUUGCCACCUACCCAGAUGUCAACAACUCCAUCAAAAUGGAAGUAGGCAUCGAAGACUGCUUACACAUAGAAUUUGAAUACAACAAAUCAAAAUACCACUUGAAGGAUGUGAUUGUUGGUAAGAUCUACUUCUUGUUGGUGAGAAUCAAAAUCCAGCACAUGGAGCUUCAGAUGAUCAAAAAAGAGAUAACUGGUAUUGGGCCCAGUACAACCACUGAGACAGAAACUAUUGCCAAGUAUGAGAUAAUGGAUGGAGCUCCUGUUAAAGGUGAAUCCAUUCCAAUCAGGCUCUUCUUGGCCGGAUAUGAUCUGACACCGACAAUGAGGGAUGUCAACAAGAAAUUCUCUGUACGUUACUUCUUAAAUUUAGUCCUGGUUGAUGAAGAAGACAGGCGGUACUUCAAACAGCAGGAGAUUGUACUAUGGAGGAAAGCUCCUGAGAAGUUACGGAAAAGAACCAAUUUCCAUCAACGUUUGGAAUCUCCAGAGCCACAGGCUUCCGCUCAGCAGCCUGAAAUAUGAGCAAAGAGUGAGCAGGGCAACAAUCUUUAAGAUUUGCCAAAAUCCACAGAUAUGAUCAUUGUUCAAACCUCUUUCUCCGUGACACUAAACUUCCAGAAAACUAAUGGUCUUUCAAACACUGGAACAUGUAAAGCUAUCAUUUUAUACCACAUAAUUUCAAUUUGUUUGAACAUGCACUAAAAAUCUAUACAGAGCAGGAUGUUUGUUUGGUUCUGUAUGGCUGAUCUAUUUAUGCUGCUUGGGCCUGGGAUUUACUGUUCAUGAUGUACAGAUGAUUAUUAUGUCCAGGGCAGUUAACAGUUAUGAUUUUAAGCACACAAGUUCAUGUUGUGGGGAGAAAUUUGAAGAGUUUUUUUGUGUACAAUUCUAAUUCAGCGGUUGAAAUUUGGUGAUUGGUCCUAUUUCUGUUGGUGUUUUUGCAUGCUGUAAUCUGUGGCAUGUUCCACUGGUUCAGAUAGCAAAGAUUCUCUACUUUAGUCACAGGUCCUAGGCCCCUUAUUUGCUAGCAGAUAAGCACUGUCCAAGUCCUGACCUGUAACCUGGACUGAGGUGCAGUUAUUGUCACUGCAGGUAGCUGAGUAAAAUUUCCAAUUUCCCAUUGUUAAUGUCGAUUGUACGUUUAAUGCCAAAUGCCAGAGUUUCCUGCAUGUCCAUGUCUGAUAUCAAUAAAUGGAAAAUUGGAAAUAUUUUAAUACAUCUGUAGUAUCUAUACCUGAAAAAUGUAUCCCUUCUAUAUUCAAUAAAACUUCUGCCAGUGUAUCUAA